AGAGCGCUCACACCUGGCGGAGGGGCGCGAGCCUAACGCCCCUUAGCUGCAGGCGGAGCGCGAGGCUGGGUGGUCAGAGGCUGCCGGGGAGAAUUGAAGGGACUCUCAUUUGCAUAACGGCCGCCCGUCGCCUCUGAGCACGAGCCGGGGUCCCGCCCCUCACCCAACUAGAAAUCUGUUGGGCUGCGGGCGGGUCACUCCGACCCAGGCAAGCCUGUGGCGGGCUGUCCUGGGAGCGGAUUGGCUCCCGGAGUUUCCAGAAGGCUGCAGGGAGGCGGCUAUAAGAGCGGGGAGCCAAGCGAGGGGAGCGGGAGAUAGUGUUGGCGCUCGCGGUGUGUGGUGCGAGGCGACCGUUAGUUGACGCCGCAGAUUUUCGGUCCUAGGUGCUUUCGCCUAACGUCGCCUGCCUAUCUUUCAGUCAGGAUGUCUGCCCGCGGCCCGGCUAUCGGCAUCGACCUGGGCACCACCUACUCGUGCGUGGGGGUCUUCCAACAUGGCAAGGUGGAGAUCAUCGCCAACGACCAGGGCAACCGCACCACCCCCAGCUACGUGGCCUUCACCGACACCGAGCGCCUCAUCGGCGACGCCGCCAAGAACCAGGUGGCCAUGAACCCCACCAACACCAUCUUCGACGCCAAGAGGCUGAUCGGACGGAAGUUCGAGGACGCCACGGUGCAGUCGGACAUGAAACACUGGCCGUUCCGGGUGGUGAGCGAGGGAGGGAAGCCCAAGGUGCAGGUGGAAUACAAGGGAGAGAUCAAGACCUUCUUCCCAGAGGAGAUCUCCUCCAUGGUCCUCACUAAGAUGAAGGAGAUCGCCGAAGCCUACCUGGGCGGCAAGGUGCAGAGCGCGGUCAUCACGGUCCCGGCCUAUUUCAAUGACUCGCAGCGCCAGGCCACCAAGGACGCGGGCACCAUCACGGGCCUCAACGUGCUGCGCAUCAUCAACGAGCCCACCGCGGCGGCCAUUGCCUACGGCCUGGACAAGAAGGGCUGCGCCGGCGGCGAGAAGAACGUGCUCAUCUUUGACCUGGGCGGUGGCACCUUCGACGUGUCCAUCCUGACCAUCGAGGACGGCAUUUUCGAGGUGAAGUCCACGGCCGGCGACACCCACCUGGGCGGCGAGGAUUUCGACAACCGGAUGGUGAGCCACCUGGCGGAGGAGUUCAAGCGCAAGCACAAGAAGGACAUUGGGCCCAACAAGCGCGCAGUGCGCCGACUGCGCACCGCCUGCGAGCGAGCCAAGCGCACCUUGAGCUCGUCUACGCAGGCAAGCAUCGAGAUCGACUCGCUAUACGAGGGCGUGGACUUCUACACGUCCAUCACCCGCGCCCGCUUCGAGGAGCUGAACGCUGACCUGUUUCGCGGAACCCUGGAGCCGGUGGAGAAGGCGCUGCGUGACGCCAAGCUGGACAAGGGCCAGAUCCAGGAGAUCGUGCUGGUGGGCGGCUCCACCCGAAUCCCCAAGAUCCAGAAGCUGUUGCAGGAUUUCUUCAACGGCAAGGAGCUGAACAAGAGCAUCAACCCCGACGAGGCGGUGGCCUACGGAGCUGCGGUGCAGGCGGCCAUCCUCAUCGGAGACAAGUCAGAGAACGUGCAGGACCUGCUGCUGCUCGACGUGACCCCGUUGUCGCUGGGCAUUGAGACGGCUGGCGGCGUCAUGACCCCACUCAUCAAGAGAAACACCACGAUCCCUACCAAGCAGACGCAGACCUUCACCACCUACUCGGACAACCAGAGCAGCGUGCUGGUGCAGGUGUAUGAGGGCGAACGGGCCAUGACCAAGGACAAUAACCUGCUGGGCAAGUUCGACCUGACCGGGAUUCCCCCGGCGCCCCGCGGGGUCCCUCAGAUCGAGGUCACCUUCGAUAUCGACGCCAAUGGCAUCCUUAACGUCACCGCCGCCGACAAGAGCACCGGUAAAGAAAACAAAAUCACCAUUACCAACGACAAGGGUCGUCUGAGCAAGGACGACAUUGACCGGAUGGUCCAGGAGGCAGAGCGGUACAAGUCGGAAGAUGAGGCCAAUCGCGACCGGGUCGCUGCCAAAAACGCGGUGGAGUCCUAUACCUACAACAUCAAGCAGACGGUGGAAGACGAGAAACUGAGGGGCAAGAUUAGCGAGCAGGACAAAAACAAGAUCCUCGACAAGUGUCAGGAGGUGAUCAACUGGCUCGACCGAAACCAGAUGGCAGAGAAAGAUGAGUAUGAACACAAGCAGAAAGAGCUUGAAAGAGUGUGCAACCCCAUCAUCAGCAAACUUUACCAAGGUGGCCCUGGCGGCGGCGGUUCUGGAGCCUCCGGGGGACCGACCAUCGAGGAAGUGGACUAAGCUUGCACUCGAGUCAGCGUAAACCUCUUUUCCUUUCUCUCUUUUUCUUUUGUUUGUGUUUCUUUGAAAUGCCUUUGUGCCAAGUAUGAGAUCUGUUGGAAGUCUUUUCACUCGGUGUAUGCAUGGGAAAGGAAGGAUGCAACAACUUAGUUUAAUUAUAAAAGGUUAGUUCUGAAGUUUGAUUUUUAAAACCAUUAUUUGAGGUUUCUCUUUAAUGCGUUUUGGGUGUUUGCUGACUUGCAUUUUUGAGUAGCUUAGUUUGUGCAUGGAGAUUUGUUUGAGCUGGGAAACCUGAAGUUUGCACAUAAGUUCUGCGGAAGCUUGGUAACAAUAAAAUAUAUAGAAGCUUGAAUUGUUUAUUUUUAUGUACUACUUUAAGACUAAAAUGAACAUUGCAGUUAUGUUAAGGACAGGCUUUUUUUUUUUUUUUUGCAAACAAAUGCAUAAAUACAGAGUUAAAGUAAAGCUGAAAUUGAUCUCAAAAUCACAGUCUUGGAGUUUUCAAUUUUCCCUUCUCACAGUUUUACCCAUGUUAUUAGUAUGAGAGGAAAUGUAUCUAACUCAGUCUUGUCUAAUUCUCAGAUGAGAUUUCCUGCUUUGAAUUGCCAACAGCUUUUAAAAGGAGAAGACCUGGGUAAACUUUCCUCCUCCUUUUAAUAAAGAAACCAGACUCCUAAGUCUUGGUUUAAGUGUUCCAAGUGAAAAUCCACCUGAAUAUUCCAGCAAAAUACAAGCCGUAUUCUGGGGUUAAGUAUGAAAUGAUUCUUUUUCUAAACUAACAAAGGCUGGGGCGGGAGUUGUCCUCUGAUAAUAAAUAGCCUGACGCAGUAUGAAACAAAUUGCUUUUUGUGGCAUGCCAGUGCUUGCGACAAGAGCCAGCAGGGAAAACUUUAAAGUCACUUUAUAUUAAGAGUCCAAUUUAGUCAAACUUGUUUUAACUUUAAUUCUCUAGUGAAACAGCUUAACUUCUGAGCUUAUCCAAAUUCCAUAAGGAUAGGUUUUCAACAGUUAAAAUUACUUGGGGAUAAAGGGAGAUAAUGAUUUUUUUUUUUCUGAUUUGAGAAUCACAAUGCUUUUGCAAUACUUGCCUUAAAUCACUAGAAUAUAUAUUUUUUCUUUUUAUUUUUAAAAUAUUUGUUUUAAAGAUACAUUUAUUUGGGGGGAGGAGGGGCAAAUGGGAAGGGCGAGACAAACCCAAGAAGUCGGUGCUGAGCACAGAGCCCUAUGUGGGAUGUGGGAUUCAGUCUCAUCACUCUGAGACCAGACAGGAGCUGAAACCGGGAGUCAGCCACUUAACCAACUGUGCCAUCGAGGUGCCCCAGAUACUCUUUUCUAAAAGACAAAACUGCAAGAUAGUCCAAUAUUUUGUAAUAUACAACUUGUCCAUUUUUCUGUGUAUCUGAUUUGAAAUUGUUACAGAUAAGAAUACUGGAAACUUUUGGGUUGAGCGUCCUGGGCUUAAGCUUUAAAAUGCACAUCCUUAGGAGAAGGGGGUUCCAAUUUGUAUUUCUUAGUGGAAUGACAUUUCUACUUUGAUCUGAUUUAUUUAAGGGGAACUUGGGAGAAAUUCAGUAAAGCUAAUUGGAAAAUG